ACGCAGCCUUUCUGAAUCAGGGGGGAAUACUUUUUCCUGCUCCUUUGAGUGGGGAAAGAAUUCUUCCUAUGAACAAGACACAAAUCUGAACUCCUGGGAUGUUUCUGUUUUGAUCCAGUUCUAACAGUGACGCUGUUGGAUUGUGCUAAGCUAGAACAGUGAGGGCAUUAGGACCAGGAGCAAGGCGCAGGCUUGGCUCCGGGUUGUGUCUGGCAGAGGGCUCUCUCUCCACUGAGCAGAGCGAUGUGUGAAAGGAAAUCAGGCACUGCCUGCCGCCUUUACAUCUGUUGAUCUGACCUAACUGGAAGCGUCCAAAGAGGGACGGCUGUCAGCUCUGCUUGACUGAGAACCCACCAGCUCACCCCAGGCAUCUCAUAGCUGCCUGGCCGUUCAUGCAAAGAGGGGAAGAGACAUUUGGGACUAAACACCUGAGCAGAAUGGACUGCUUAUUUAUCCCAAGGAAAAAACUGGGGCAAAAGGGGAGCAAGCAAGUUAAUUUGGAGUCCCUGUGAACGGGCUUCAGAAGGCAAUUAAAGAAAUCCGCUCAGAGAGAACCUUGGGUGGAAGUGGGGUCCUGUGGCUUUCUGAUUUUAAGUGGAAACAGGUCUCACACAUGCUGUUGGCAAAUGUCAGAUGCGAGCAAAGGAGCAGGUUGAGUGACUAAUAAAGAACUUCCAGGUGAAACAAGCAACGCAGGUUCUGCUGCAAGGUGGAAGAAACCUGGAGCUGAAUGAGAAAGCAAUCUUGAAAUGACCUGUUGCAUUUGGCAAGUUGUAGCAACAUGCUCCUAAGGAAGCGAUACCGGCAUGGACCAUGCAGACCUCAAUUCCUCCUGCUGCUCCUGAUGCUGGGAUGCGUCCUGACCAUGGUGGCUGUGUUGUAUCCUCCCCCUCCCACUCUGCACCAGGCUGUCACAGGCCAGGCCAGCAAGCACAGCGCCGAGGUCGAGGCCGGGUACCAGCUGAAGUUUGGGGGAUCCCAGGAAUGGGUUCUGGAGGCUGAGGAGGAAGUCGAGGAGUACGGCCUUCUGGAGGACUUGCCACCCUUUAUCUCACUGCAGGAGGAUCAGCUUCUGGUGGCUGUGGCCUCACCCAGGGCCAGAAGGAAUCAAAGCCAGGGAAAGAGAGGUGGCAGCUACCGGCUCAUCAAGCAUCUGAGGAGGCAGAAUGAGGAAGCCCCCGAGAGGGACUGGGGGGCUGAGGAGGAGGACGGGGAGGCGUCAGAAGAAGAGGAGCUGAGCCUGCUCAGCCUGGACUCGGGAGGCCUCAAUGAGGCACUCAGUGCCCGCCUCCCCUUGGAGAGGGUCCUCCCGGAGGUGCGCCACCCACUGUGUCUUCAGCAGCAGCCCGAGGCCAGCCUGCCCACCGCCAGCGUCAUUCUCUGUUUCCAUGACGAAGCCUGGUCCACGCUCCUGAGGACGGUUCAUAGCAUCCUUAACACGGCUCCCAGGGCCUUCCUGAAGGAAAUCGUCCUCGUGGACGACCUCAGCCAGCAAGGACAACUCAAGUCUGCUCUCAGUGAAUAUGUGGCCCAGCUGGAGGGUGUGAAGUUGCUCAGGAGCACUAAGAGGCUGGGUGCCAUCAGGGCCCGGAUGCUGGGCGCCACCAGGGCCACAGGAGAUGUGCUGGUCUUCAUGGAUGCCCACUGCGAGUGUCACCCCGGCUGGCUGGAGCCCCUGCUCAGCAGAAUAGCUGGUGACAGAAGCCGUGUGGUAUCUCCGGUCAUAGAUGUGAUUGACUGGAAGACUUUCCAAUAUUAUCCCUCCAAGGAGCUGCAGCGUGGGGUAUUGGACUGGAAUCUGGAUUUCUUCUGGGAACCUUUGCCAGAGCAUGAAAGGAAGGCCCUCCAGUCCCCCAUCAGCCCCAUCAGGAGCCCAGUGGUACCCGGAGAGGUGGUGGCCAUGGACAGACGUUACUUCCAAAACACUGGAGCGUAUGACCCUCUCAUGUCACUGAAGGGUGGAGAAAACCUCGAACUAUCCUUUAAGGCCUGGCUCUGUGGUGGCUCCAUUGAAAUCCUUCCCUGCUCUCGGGUGGGGCAUGUCUACCGAAAUCAGGAUGCGCACUUUCCCCUUGACCAGGAGGCCACUCUUCGGAACAAGGUCCGCAUUGCUGAGACCUGGCUGGGGCCAUUCAAAGAAAUUUUCUACAGACAUAGCCCAGAGGCCUUCACCUUGAGCAAGGUUGAAAAGCCAGACUGCAUGGAACGCUUGCAGCUGCAAAGGAGACUUGGUUGUCGGACCUUCCACUGGUUUCUGGCCAACAUCUAUCCCAAGCUAUACCCAUCUGAACACAGACCCAGGUUCUCUGGAAAGCUCCACAACUCUGGGCUUGGCUUCUGUGCAGACUGCCAAGCAGACAGGGACAUCCUGGGUUGUCCCAUGACUCUGGCUCCUUGCAAUGACAGUAGGAAGCAACAGCACCUGGAGCACACCGGCAGGAAGGAGAUCCACUUCGGCAGCCCACAGCACCUGUGCUUGGACGUCAGGCAAGAGCAGGUGGUUCUUCAGAACUGCACCGAGGAAGGCGCUGCCACCCAUCAGCAGCACUGGGAUUUCCAGGAGAAUGGAAUGAUUGUCCACAUUCUUUCUGGGAAAUGCAUGGAAGCUGUGGUUCAGCAGAACAAUAAAGAUCUGUUCUUGAGUAAGUGUGAUGGAAAAGCCAGCCAGCUGUGGCGAUUUGACGAAGUCCACCCUGUGGAUGAACGAUGAAUGCCAAUGUCAGAAGAAAAAGAGAAUUUUGGUCACCACAGUUCUGGCCCAAGGGAGUUAAAGAGCAUUUGUAUUUCUUGAAGCAGACCCUUCUGCAUUUCUGCUCCUGGUGUAGGAGGGAAGAAAGCUCUCUGAAAGAAUGUAGGAUGUCUCUGCUUCUCACAACUUAUUUCACUGACUGCUGGCUGUUUUAAAAAAGAAAAAAAUUGAUUCAUUGUCUUGCAUCUUCAUCAUCAGAGAUGAUCAUCUAUAACGAGAAGAUCUUUAAUUUUUUUCACUGAGCAAUUCACGAUUGCUUUUAUCUCUGACUAGGGAAGGAGGCCUGGAUCUGGCAACACUUCCAGGAUGCUUCAAUCACUGGAUGGAUAUCGUUGUCUUCAAGGAGCCUUAACUUGGAUUGUCUGUAGGCCAACCGUGAAGAGAAUGGAAUGGUCUGACAACCCAAAAAGUUUGGGUUAUGUUUAUUAGGACAAAUUUCAUGUUCACUAGAUGAACCACAGCUCAGAAGGAAGGGAAGAGCAGCAGAGCAUGGUUGGAGACAAGAUGAAGGGAGCAUUAGCCCAAAUCUCCAGCUCAACCUAGCCAGCUGAAGAGUCAGUAGACUUGGGAUAAGACAUUUUCACUUAAUGAGAAUUUCAUAAAACUUUCUACCUCCAUUCACCUGACCUCACCCCUCUCUAGCUUGGUUAACCAUAAUCAGAUUCCUUGGCGGAUAGAUUUCUCUUUAGUCACUGGUAUUAGAAGGAUCCACCAGACUGAGCAAUCUCAUUAACAAUGGCAUUUAUAGUUGAUAGACUUUCACGAUGCUCUGUUACAGGGUUUGGACUGAAUCAAAAGAAAGAACAACCUUUGGGCUGGGGAUUUAGCUCAGUGGUUUCGCCACCUGCUGUGCAAGUGCAAGGACCCAAGUUCAAUCCCAGGUUCCAAGAAAAAAAAAAAAAGACAGAAAUAACAACCUUUGCAAGGAAGAUGACAGAGUCUGAGUCAUUUUAAUGAAAGAAAACUAGGUUGGGUCUCAAUGUCUGUGAGAUCAGAGAGGGCCAUCUGUGGGUCCAUACUAACUGUCUAAAUGUACCUCCAGGUUCAGUGCUCACAAGUUCAGGAAGAAUAUACCUUAACUAGAGCAGACGCAAGGCUAGCAAUAGCUGAAUGGCUCUCCUUUUUGAGAUCUGGUCCGCCUAGUUGGCCAUCAGAGUUGCUAAGUGAGAUUGGUUCUGCUAUUGAGAAGAUACCAGUCAUGGCCAUUUCUCUCCAAGAUGGAGUUAGUUCUCUCCAUGGUAAGCUUACAAACCUCCCCUUAAAGAUGUUGAUCUCCUUUGUGCUGUUUCAGAAAACAGUAUCUUUUUUAAAAAAACUGGGUAGAAAGUGUGGGUUUCCAAAUAAUAACUAUCAUAAUGAUGUAUUUAUUCAUUCUCCACCCACCAUGUCAAUGGCCCACUGCAUUUCUCUGUCCUUGGAAUAUACUAUAGACCUGUACUGUCUAAUAUGGCAGUACUAACCAACUGUGACACAUUUAAUGGAAAUCCAAUAAAAUUAGAGAAAAUUUAAAGCAGGUCCUCAAUGGUGCUGGCUCCAUCUCAAGAGCUCAAUAGUUAUAUGUAGGUAAUAGUUACUGUGUGGUAGAGCCAAUAUAGAACAUUUCACCAUCACAAACACUCCUAUUGCACAGUAUUAGAUUAAUCAUCUUAUCUAGAGAAGAGAUUUCAGCCACCAUCUUCUCACUUCAGAUCUAUCUAUAUUUAAAACAUUUUCUUAACAUCCCAGGCCUGAGAUGGAGCUAAACUUUCUCAGAUGACAAACUUGUAAAGAGUUUUGGUGGUUGAAGAAUAAAAAUUAAAUAAGACCUGUAUUUUUUAAAUGAACUUUAUCAUUGGCAUUGUGGGUAUUUGAAGUUGCUGGGAUAAAUUAAUAUAAUUAAAUAAAGGCUGAAUUCAAUUGUG